AUGGAACAACUUCUGUUUCUAAUUCUCUCAUGUAUUAUUUUCUUCUUCUUUCUCCUCCAUGCUAUCUACCUCCACCGUAACCGAAGACUACCACCGGGCCCUGUAGGCCUCCCCAUCAUCGGAAACCUUCUCGACCUUGGACCGAAACCCCACGAGUCCCUAGCCAAACUCUCCAAAACAUACGGUCCACUUAUGACCAUCCGAAUGGGAACCAUUACCAGCGUGGUGGCAUCCACGCCUGAAGCCGCUAGAUAUAUCCUCCAACGCAAUGACGAGGCGUGCUCUGGCCGUAUUAUCCCAGACGCAGCCGCCUCAUUAGCGGACAAUGACGUGGCAAUGGUGUGGAUACCCGCAAACGAUGAGUGGCGAACCAUUAGAAAAGCACUCAGCACAUGCCUCACCCACCAACACAAACUCGACACCCUUCGCGAUCUAAGACAAAACGUGUUGGAGGGCAUGCUAGAGUAUCUACAUGAGUGCGGGGGCAAUAAGGCGGGCGUGGACAUUGGAAAGUUGGCAUUCGCGGUCGCGCUUAACCAGAUGUCCAACACUUGCGUGUCGCAAAACGUGACCAACUACAAGUCUAAUGAUAUUGGGGGGUUUAAGACCGCCGUGAAGACAGUAAUGCAAGUUACUGGGAAGUUUAACAUAGCGGACUUAUAUCCGGUGUUGAAGCCUUUGGACCCUCAGAACAUACGGCAGCAGGGGAAGGUGGCUUAUGGCUGGUUGGAUAAGGUGGCAGAAGGUUUCAUAAUAGAGAGGUUAAAGUAUAGAGAGUCCAAACUUCAGAGGUUUGGUGAUAUGUUGGAUUCAUUGUUGGAUUUCAGUGAGAAAAAUGAAGCUGAGUUUACUCUCAAACACAUCAAGAUUCUACUUGUGGAAUUGUUUUUAGCGGGAACAGAAACGAGUUCAAACACAACAGAAUGGGCGAUGACAGAACUGUUGCUUAACCCUGAUAUGUUCUCAAGAGUUCGUAAAGAAGUCUCGACGACAGUGGGAGAAGAUGGAAAAAUUAAAGAAGCCAAACUCCUUGACUUGCCUUAUUUGCAAGCGGUAAUCAAAGAAACAAUGCGACUUCAUUUACCCAUGCCUUUAUUAGUACCUCAUAAAACUGAAACUAGAGUUAAGCUAGGUGAAUAUAUUGUGCCAAAAAAUACACAAAUUCUAGUGAACGCAUGGGCCAUGGCACGAGACCCUAGGUACUGGGAAACCCCAACAAUGUUUAAGCCAGAGAGAUUUCUAGGAAAUGAGAUCGACUACAAAGGUCAACAUUUCCAGUUCAUACCUUUUGGAUCAGGCCGAAGGAUGUGUCCUGGAAUACCCUUGGCUCAUAGGGUGGUUAGUUUAAUGGUAGCGUCUUUCGUGUAUCACUUUGAUUGGAAGUUGCCUCAUGCUAGAGAAGAAAUGGAUAUGAACGACAUUUUUGGCCUUACAUUGCUCAGAGCCACGCCACUCGUUGCUACUCCUAUUCCAGUCAUAUAAGGGACAUAGGCAUAGAGUUCACAAAUCUUUCUAUUUUUGCUUGGUACGAAAUUAGUUCAUUUGUUAACACCAACGGUAAGUCAUAUCUCAGUGUAUUUCCUUGAAGAAAGUUCUUCUUGCCAGUGUGUAAUAACUAAUAUAUGUCAUGGUUGCCUCAAAAGAUAAUUCUAAGUGAAUUAUUUAUUGAC